CUUUAAGGCAUGAGAUGACUGUCCAAAAACUUUAGUUCCUUACUAUCUUUUUUACGACACCAUCCCCAUUCAGGAGAUUUUACGUUACUAAUUCGGCCAUGGCCAAGAAACUCAUUGUGAUUGCCGGUGCGACCGGCAAUCAGGGUUCCGCGAUCGCCCGUGGAUUGAUUAAGACUGGAGACUGGCAUAUCCGUGCCGUGACCAGGAAUGUGAACGGAGAGAAGGCAAAAAAACUUGCUGCUGAGGGCAUGGAGGUUGUCCAGGGUGACUACAAUGAUGAAGAAUCUAUGAGGAAAGCUUUUGAUGGCGCGCAAGCCAUUUUUGCGGUAACCAACUGGUGGGAUGCCCUCUUCAAAGGCGCUGGUCUGAGCGAAGCUAGUGAUAUCGAAUAUGCCCAGGGCAUCAUGCUCGCGAGGCUAGCGUCUCAAGUGAAGACAUUAGAGCAUUAUAUCUGGAGCACAUUGCCAAACGGAGAAAGACUUACUGAGGGAAGAAUCCCUGUUCCUCACUUUGAUUACAAGGCUCGGGUCGACGAUUACAUCAAGGAGACCUUGCCAGAACUGGCUGCUAAGACAACCUUCCUCAUGUUUGGUUUCUAUCCAACUAACUUUGCCUUUUUCCCAAUGUUGAAGCCAGUGCCAGUAAACACUUCUCCAGGAAAAUAUGUUUGGAUGAUUCCAGCAGCUCCUUCCACUCCUUAUCCCAUGGCUGGUGACAUGAGCAAGGAUCCAGGUAUCUGGGCAAGGCAAAUUUUGGCCAACCCCAAGGUAUCACAUGGCAAGUACGCGGCUGUUUGCACCGAGGUUCUCAGUCUUGGAGAAGUGCUCGCAACGUGGUCUGCUGUUUCAGGAAAGCAAGGUAUAUAUGUCGAGGUAAAAGAGCAUAUCAUCAGCGAUCUGUAUGGUUUGGCGGGAGAAGAGGCUCUUACCGGAGUUAGAUUUGGCGUGGAAGUGCCCGAUUGGUGGGCGCUAGCGAAGAAACAGGGUCUCUUCAUUACCAUGGAAGAUCUAGGUAUCUCAAGAGACGAGGUUUCUAACCUUAGACAGAGUCUUGAGAGUAUCAAAGAGUUUUUAGGUUAGCUAUAUGUUGGAAUAAGGAGAGUGCUACUUGUUCUAUAGCUAGUUCAGAGGUAGAAUUGUCUACUUAUCUAGCGAUAAACUCAGAGGUAGCGAAUUAAUAGUUUCUAGGGUAGAAAAGAAAUAAUGCUAGGGGAGAGAGGAAAGAUAGAUUAAAAGAGUGAUCUGUAUU